AUGGCCGCGUCCACCAUGUCCCUCUGCUCCAGCGCCUGCACUGACUCCUGGCAGGUGGAUGACUGCCCAGAGAGCUGCUGCCAGCCCCCCUGCUGCGCCCCCAGCUGCUGCGCCCCAGCCUCCUGCCUGACCCUGGUCUGUACCCCAGUGAGCUGUGUGUCCAGCCCCUGCUGCCAGGCGGCCUGUGAGCCCAAUCCCUGCCAAUCAGGCUGCACCAGCUCCUGCACACCCUCGUGCUGCCAGCAGUCUAGCUGCCAGCCGGCUUGCUGCACCUCCUCCCCGUGUCAGCAGGCCUGCUGUGUGCCCGUCUGCUGCAAGCCCGUGUGCUGCAAGCCUGUGUGUUGUGUGCCCAUCUGCUGUGGGGCUUCUUCAUGCUGCCAGCAGUCUAGCUGCCAGCCGAUCUGCUGCACCUCCUCCCCCUGCCAGCAGUCCUGCUGUGUGCCCGUCUGCUGCAAGUCUGUCUGCUGCAAACCCAUCUGCUGUGUGCCUGUUUGCUCUGGCACUUCCUCUCCAUGCUGCCAGCAGUCUAGCUGCCAGCCGGCUUGCUGCACCACCUCCUGCUGCAGACCCUCCUCCUCCGUAUCCCUCCUCUGCCGCCCUGUGUGCAGGUCCAUCUGCUGUGUGCCUGUGCCCUCCUACUGUGCCCCCACCUCCUCCUGCCAGCCCAGCUGUUGCCGUCGAGCCUCCUGUGUGUCCCUCCUCUGCCGCCCCGCGUGCUCCCGCCCGGCCUGCUGA